AGAGCAAAAACUCAGAGUUGUAAAUUCUUCCUGAGCUGUGAGGGGCAUUCACUGAGAUAGCCCUCCCACCACUACCACCACAGGUGCAGUGGGCUGGCACUUGGCUGUGAAACUGGAGAGAGCUGGUUUGAGUUUGCACUUUAGCUCCUAGUAGGAAGGCAGCCCAGGCUGCAUUCAUCUCCUCAGUGCAACGAGCUGCACGCCGCCCACAGAAGGAUGGCUCAGUGGCUCUGGUUCCUCGGGAGAGUCCUGCUCUUGCUGAGAGUGGCUGCCUCAGGGAACUUCUUCCAUCACCGCUAUGAGGAGCUGGUGCAAGCCCUGUUCAACGUGAAGGGUGCAUGCCCAUAUAUUACCAGGCUGUACAGCAUUGGACACAGCGUCCAGGGCCGCCACCUCUAUGUGCUGGAGUUCAGCGACUAUCCUGGCAUCCAUGAACCCAUGGAGCCGGAGUUCAAAUAUGUGGCAAACAUGCACGGAAAUGAAGUACUGGGCCGGGAACUGUUGCUCCAGCUUGCAGAGUUCCUGUGUGAGGAGUAUCGGCAUGGCAAUCGGCGCAUCACACAGCUCAUCCAUGAGACACGCAUUCAUCUCUUGCCCUCAAUGAACCCUGAUGGAUAUGAGGUGGCAGCUGCCCAGAGCCAAGAUGCCUCAGGCCAGGGGUACCUCACUGGGAGAAACAAUGCCAAUGGAAUUGACCUUAACCGUAACUUUCCUGACCUCAAUAUCGUCAUGCACUACAAUGAGAAACAGGGUGGACCCAACCAUCACAUACCCUUGCCAGACAACUGGAGAAGUCAGGUAGAACCAGAGACUUUGGCUGUGAUUCAGUGGAUGAAAAGCUACAAUUUCAUUCUCUCGGCUAAUCUCCACGGUGGUGCUGUAGUCGCCAAUUACCCAUAUGACAAAUCCCAAGAACAGAGAAGCCGGGACUUCUGGCGGGUAAAUAGCAGCCCCACCCCUGAUGACAGCCUCUUCAAGAAGCUGGCCAAGGGCUAUUCAUAUGCCCAUGGAUGGAUGCACCGGGGCAUAAACUGCGGAGAUAUCUUUCCUGAUGGCAUCACCAAUGGGGCCUCCUGGUAUUCGCUCAGCAAGGGGAUGCAGGAUUUCAAUUACCUACACACCAACUGCUUUGAGAUUACCCUCGAACUGAGCUGCAAAAAAUUCCCACCACGGGAUGAAUUGGAAUCAGAGUGGCUGGCAAACCGUGAGGCACUUAUCGCCUACAUAGAGGAGGUUCACCAGGGCAUCAAAGGCCUGGUGUCAGAUGAGAACAACAACAAACUAGCAGGUGCUGUCAUUUCUGUUGAAGGAAUUGGCCAUGAUGUCACUUCAGGUGAACAAGGUGACUAUUUCCGACUGCUGUUGCCUGGCACUUAUGCAGUUACUGCAUUAGCAGAUGGAUAUCAGCCACAGACAAUGACAGUGACCGUGGGCCCAGCUGAGCCCUCAGUGGUGCAUUUUCAACUCAGACAGAACACUGCAGACAACUUUCCUGUACCAAAGGCUUCUGGCAGAGCCCACAACAGUAAAGCUUUCCUCAAGAAGGUUGUGCCACGAGCUGCCCAAUGGGAGACACAGUGGUGAAGGUAGACCUCGGCUAGAUGAAGGCUGGUGGAGAUAUUGAACACGAAAAGUCAAUAAUGCUGGCAGAUGAACUUUCUAAGAUCCAUCCACACCCUCUUGUGACCCCCCACAAACAUGAAAUGAGCCUAGAUCUCCUCAUUUAUUAAAUGUCUAAUAUUUAACUGAA